AGAAUAAUUUACUUGUAGUGUUUACUGUUUUUAAUCUUCCUUUUUCAUUCACCAUUUACGAAGGUGUAAUAUAAAUAUUUAUUCACAAUGUCGGAUGUUGAGGUCGAUGAUGUUCCUUCCGCAGUUACUGCUGGAGGUUCCAUGGAUGUGAACCAAGCUUUACAAGAAGUUUUAAAGACAUCUUUGAUCCACGAUGGAGUUGUUCAUGGAUUACAUGAAGCUGCUAAAGCCCUUGACAAGAGACAAGCUAUGUUAUGUGUUCUUGCUGAAAAUUGCGAUGAGCCAAUGUACAAAAAAUUAGUUUGUGGUUUAUGUAACGAACAUCAAAUUCCAUUAAUUAAGGUUGAUAAUAACAAAAAAUUAGGAGAAUGGGCCGGACUAUGUAAAAUUGACAGCACGGGCAAAGCACGUAAAGUUGUAGGAUGUUCAUGUGUUGUCAUUAAGGAUUAUGGAGAUGAAUCACAAGCUCUUGAUGUCCUUAAAGAUUACCUUAAGUCUGGUAAAUCAUCCAAGUAAAUUUUGUAUUAUUAAAUAAUAAAAAAAUUAUAAAAUUUAAA